AAGACAUUGAUUUGCCUUGCGAAGUGUUUGAUUGCACUUAGAUUAAGGGGUAAUCCUGUAUCUGUGUUCAUCGGCAUUGCGUCUGUUGCUGCUCUGUCAUGGUUUUUUGAUGUUUUUCGUUUUUUUUGGGCCUUAAUUUUGUCACAUUUAUGCACAAAUGAUUUAUAACAUCGACUUUUUCUUUGCUAAUAAUGCUAGUUAGCAUGCUCUGUGGCAAGUAAAAUAACGUUUUCUACUUAGACAGGAUGGAGAUUUUCCGAAUUGGGCCUGCAGUCGCUCCUUGUUCAGACAGCAGGUCGAAGUCCUGGUGGGCUGCCACAUCUGGCUUUGUUUCUGAGGAGCCCAAUAUAACAUAUAAAGGGAACCUUUAUCUAAAUCCUGUCCUACCGCAGUACUGAAAGCGCAUAGUAACAAAGAUGUUCGCACAAUUACAUGUUUUAGCCAUGGCUACAACUUCAACAACAAAUACAGACUAGGAAAAAAAAGGAAAUUACAUUUUGUCACAUUAGAACAAAUGUUUGUGUUCAGAAGUGAAGUGGAAGGAAAGGGUUUUUACACAUAAAAUCUGAAACAUUUUGCAUGCAUAUGGAUUUAGACCUCACUGUAACAGAUUUCUGUAAAUGUAUGGUGAAUUUUAACAGUAUUCUACUCUAUUUCAUAAUAACAGGAAAAUACUGUUAUAUUACUACACUUAGCGUGUUAAUUUACAGUUAAUUUAACUGGUUAAGCAGUAAAAGUAAAUCAUUGUAAUUCAACACGAACAGCAUAAUACAGUAUUUUUUUCAAGCUAUGGAAAAAGCAAUCCUUUACAAGUCCCGCUAUUAUCUUUCAGAAUCUUUUCAAAUGUUGUUGGUUGCUGGUUCUGUUCUGAUGGUAUCACAUCAUUAACAAUCAGUCAACGGGCUUGUCUUGUCAUCUUAUUCGAGAUAGUUAUGACCCACAUCCGGAAAAACACUCAGGAGAGAAGACAGGAUUAAGAAGAGGAUUUAUUUUCUUAAACAAUGAUAAAUCUUAAAUGAUCUGGAACUGGUAGAUUGCCAACUGCACAGAAAGAAGGGGAAAAAGCAGGUGAAUCAAAAUGCUACCUUUAACCUGGGGCACGUGAAUCAAAACGGUACAGUUAACGUGGUUACUGAAAUUAAAGAAAAAGCUCACUAUGCAGGAGUAGCCUAACCGCCAGGGGGAGGUGAGGGAGUCAGGGUCUGAGCGCACGAUACAGAAGUUUCUCUGAUGCUGCUUGAGAGAUUUGCGAAGAACAGUGAGGAGUUCAGGGUGAAGGUACUUGCGUUGGAGGGUGGACAGGGUACGCUUAUGCCUUGGUCCGGAUGACGGCAAAACAGGAAACUGCCAGCUUGAUUCUUGUCCAGAUGAAGAAACAGGAGUUUGGGAUCGUAACCCACGAGAAAAGAAGACCUUUCUCCAGAAGUCGGUAAUCGUGAUCACCCAAAUACUUCCGGGAGCGAAGUCAGGCCUCAGCAAGAAAAACCCAAGGGUUCAGGUAAGCAACCUGCAAAGCAGCACACACGAAGGUUAACCUAGAGCUUAGAACAAAGCAAGGAUUAGUUGUGGCUUGAGCUUGUUACCACUGAAGGCAAACACUCUGGCAACGAAGAGCUGGCAACGUCCCGCUUAAGUACGCCUCCAAGCAAUCAGUAGAUUAGUUACACCUGUCACCCCCGCACCCAGGAACUCCAGCACCUUCUGAAAACUGAACAUGGUUAACAAAAAAAAAACACACACACAAAAACUCCAGACCCCGACAUGUCUUUGGAUAACGCACUUUUCCUGCUUCAGUCCACAAGUUCAGAAGCACUUGGAGUGUGGACAAGUGAUUGUGGAAUACUUCAGAACCCAGUCCAGCCACCAUGGUGUCCAGGCUAUUGUUUCCCAGGGUCUGGAUGGGGAUCUCACUUUCCAUGUGGUCCAGCUUCUUAUGGCUCACUUUGGUGAAAGCACAGAUGGACUGAUGAUUUUUGCUGAUGCAUUUGCUACACCUCCUGAUGUUAAGAGGAAUUUCACUCUACCAGCCAGUCCUCGGCUCAUUUUGCUUGGCAAUCAGAUCCACACACUCUGCAAGUGGAUAAUCAGCAUUGAGAGCCAUGUGAUUUGUGAGAGCAUUCAGCCAACAUUUCAGUCAGGACUUGCGGCUUUCUUUGCGGUGUUCUUUGUUUUCAACCUCCAGUAUCAGGACGAGACCUCCCAGACCCUGGAAUUUAUUCAAAGACGGUACAUAUACAUACAUUCAGAAAGAGGGAGCAAAGCCACCCAUGGAAAGGUCAUGUCUAAGAGGACCGGGAAAGUGGUUCACAAAAGGCCUGCGAUUGUCAACCCGCAUGUUGCCACACUGUUAAAGAACUUGCUGGACUUCGAGUGGGACUUCAGAGUCCCACUCCCACUUGUUUGAGUACUUGUGGGCACUUAAAGUAAUUCUUAAACUAAUUACAGUAAUAGCAGUACUAGCAGUUGAAGUGUGUGAAAUAUUUAAAAUGUGGUUGCUUUUAUAUGAAUUGGGAAAACAGAGAAAAGAACAGACGUGGGACAGAUAGUGGAUCAGGAAGUGCAGAGAAAAAGUAAUGAGAAGUGAGGUUCGUUUUAGAGAGGAGGAAAAAAGUCAGAAAACUGGAAGUUAAUUGACUGGAUGAGAGACUGGAAGUUAAUUGAAAACAUGUUGAAGUAAUAUUAUUUGGUUAGGGCAGAGCUAUAAUGGUAAAAUCAUCUCUGCUUACUACAUAUAGGCUUUCGUACACUCAGGUGUAUACAGCCUUGGUCAGAAGUUUUGAGAAUGAGAAAAAUAUUUUCACAAAUUGUGAUACCUCAGUUUUUUAUUAUGGCAGUUUAUAUAUACUCCUGAAUGUUCUGAAAAGAGAUCAGAUAGAAACAUUCAACAAAAAACUUUAAAUGUACUGAAGCAGUAAACCUUGUGAAACCCAAUAGCCGUUCUCAAGCAUUUUGGCUGUGUAUAUACUACUUUAAAAAAUUUGGUUUUAUCUGUAGUUAUCAACUAUGAGAAGCAUGGAGUUAUCAAUAUUGGUUGUGAAAAACUGUUACUGUGCAUCUCUAGUGAGACCUACUAUGAUGUAUGCUUUAGUGACAGUGAGACUAAAAGACAGGAGACUGAGCAGGAAGUGGCAGAGAUGAAAAUGCUGAGAUUUUUAUUGGAAGUGACAAGAUGGACAAGAUUAGAAAUGAAUAGAUCAGAGGAAUAGUGAAGCUAGAGAGACCAGGUUGAGAUGCUUUACACAUGUUGAAGAGGGAUAGUGGACAAAGAAUUUUGAAGAUGGAGCUGUCAGGCAGAAGAAGAAGACCUCAGAGAAGAUGCAUUGAUGUAGUGAAAGAAGACAUGGAGUUGGUUUGCGUAACAAUAUAGGGGAAGGAUGGGAUAGGGUGAGACAGAGGCAGAUGAUCUGCUGUGGUGACCCUUGAAUAGCAGCCUAAAAACGAAGGAGAAGACUGCUGUUUUUAUUUUUAUAUCACUACUGUUUUGGUACUACAGUCUUAAGUUUUUCAAUUCAUUGGUUACUAGAGAAAAGUAGGCUGUACUGUUAGUUUAGUGAUCUAAGAGAGUGAGAGGGUUACAAUACUGAAAGUAGUAAUUCAAAUACUGUACAUACUGAUUCAAAUAACUCACUUAUUGAUUCAGCUACUUUAUAUUUUUACUUUGCCAGUGACGUUGUGCUGCUCUUUUGUUGUUUGUUUUACAGGCACUAAUCAUUCUUGUGGAGGAUACCAAUUAAAUACUACAGUUAAGCCAUUUCUGUGUGUUAGCUCUCUCUUUCUGCAUUUUACUUUCCCUGUUAUUAACAUUUGAACUUACAAAAGAGUCGUGUCAAAGCUAGAUUGUGAUGCAUUUCUCUUAUACUGUUGUUGAACCUGUUAUUACAGCUGGUUUUCUUCUCCAUUACAAUGUUGUUGCUGCCAUGUUACUUAAGAAUUUCACUGUUGUUUAUUUUAGUACAACUUUAUGCUAUUGAAGAACAUUUUUAUUCAGCAACUAUACUGAGAUUCUGGUCAUAAUUUCAAUAAAGUCUGACAUUAAGAAAUAAGUCAUUGUGUUUUGUGAAUAAAGAAAUAUUUUAGUAAA